AUGGGUCCCUCGCCUGCACGUCCUGGGACAAGUGGUGGCCCUCACCCGCCUGUCCCAAGACACAUGGGGGGCCUCGCCCGGCCGGCCGUCCUGGGACACAUGGGGCCUCGCCCGCCCAUCCUAGGACCUGUGGACCUGUUGGCGGGCUCGCCGCCGUCUAGGACCUGUGGCGGGCCUCGCCCGCCCAUCCUAGGACCUGUGGCGGGCCUCACCCGCCCGUCCCAGGACCCUGUGGUGGGCCUCGCCUGCCCUGGCCAGCCUUGCCCACCUGUCUUGGGACACAUGGCAGACCUCACCCACCUGUCCAGGGACCCCUGGCAGGACCCACCUGCCUGUCCCGGGAUACAUGGCAGACCUCAACCACCCGUCCCGGGACCCCUGGCUAGCCUCGCUUGCCCUUACUGGGACCUGUGGCGGGCCUCGCCCGCCUGUCCCAGGACACGUGGCGGACCUUGCUUGUUUGUCCCAGACAUAUGGCGGGCCUCACCCUCCUGUCCCAGGACAUGUGGUGGGCCUCACCCACCCAUCCUGGGAUGCGUGGCAGACCUCGCCCACCUGUCCCGGGACAUGUGGUGGGCCUUGCCUGCCCAUCCCAUGACCACUGUUGGGCCUUGCCCACCCUUCCCAGCACACGUGGCGGACAUCGCCCACUCGUCCCUGGAUCCGUGUUCUCCUGCUUCUUCUCCUGGCACCACCUCAAAUUCUCCUGGUGGCUUCUCUGAUUCCUCUGCUUCCUCUAGCACCUCCACAAAUCCUACUGAAGCCUCUCAAUUCUCCUGGGGCUUCUCUGAAUCCUCUGCUUCUUCUCCUGGCAACACCUCAAAUUCUCCUGGGGCGUCUGAUUCCUUUGCUUCUUCUGGCACCUCCACAAAUUCUAACUGGGAAGCCUUGGCGCUCCAUUCCUUCCUGGGCUUCUCUGAAUCCUCUUUGGGGGCUUCUCCUCUGGCACCUCAAAAUUCUACUGAAGCCUCUCAAUUCUCUGGGCUUCUCUGA